CUGGAAGCAAGCCUUGCAGUAAGGAAAGGAGGGAGAGAGAAGUACCUAAUAUAUUUAACAUGUAGCAGACAAUUUGACCAAAUUUUGACCACCUGAUAAGAUUCCAGAGAUACCAACAAGGUGAAGGUAGCCUUAUAUCAGAGAGAGAGAAGGGAUUACCGUCAGGAGAUUGUUGUCUGAUCGGAGAGAGAUGGGGAAGACAGAAGAACAUCAGGAGAAGAUUUGCAGUUGACAUAAGGAUGCUGACUUCAUUCAGUCCUUGGAAACACUAGAUACAGUAUUGAUCAGACAGAAUGGCUUCAGUUGUGUCUCUCAUCCAAGGGGCUAGCCGAGGAAUUGGCCUACAGUUCUGUAAAACAAUACUUAAACGUCAUCCAAGUAGCAUUGUGAUAGCAACAUGUCGUCAACCAAACAAUUCAACAGAACUUCAGCAACUGAAAGCGGAGAAUCCAGACCGGUUAGAUCUGUGUGUGUUAGACAUCACCAAAGAUGAACAAAUUGAAAACGUGGCAAAAUUUACUCAAGAAAAAUAUGGGAAGUUAGACUUGCUUAUCAACAGUGCUGGAAUGCUUCAUUCAAGUGGGAGAGGAGAAACAAGCUUACGGGAAAUCUCUAGAAAGGGUCUCAUUGAAACUUUGGAUACAAAUACUGUUGGACCUUUGCUGAUGGCUACAUUUGCCCCACUCCUCAAGUCAGGAACUGGUUAUUUUGGAAUGAAGUCACCUGAUUCUAAAAAGAAGCACUCCUCAAUUCUAGUCAACAUGUCCGCCAAAGUGGGAUCAAUCACAGAUAAUCAGCUUGGAGGAUGGUACAGUUAUCGGAUGUCCAAAGCUGCCCUGAACAUGUGUACUAAAAACCUGAGUAUAGAAUUAGGCAGAGGCAGCAAAUCUGUCAUAUGUGUUUCUCUCCACCCUGGGACCGUUGACACGGACUUAUCACGACCCUACCACAAAAAUGUGUCAAAGUUAUUCACUACGGAAUACAGUGUUGACUGUCUGAUGGACAUUGUGGAAAGUCUGACAACUUCAGACACCGGAAAGUUUUUUCUCUAUGAUAGAACACUUUUUCCUUUUUAGAUGCAAUUAAAUCUGUUCAAUCUGAGACUAUGUAACAUAGAGAUCAGUUCAAAUUACAGAAUUGGAGAUAACACUUUACUAUGUAUAAUCUAAUGGGAAGUUGUUCCAUAAGUUAAGAUCUCAUCAGCACUUUCUGAGAAAUAACAAUGUUGUGUCAGGCCGUGAAUACAUUAUCAUGGUCAGCAGAAGCACAGGCAUUAAAUUAGUCCAAAUAUCAAAUAUAUUUUCUCUGAGUCGAUUGCUAAAUAAAGAUAUAUAUAAUUUAAUCUGAUGUGGAUCUAUAGAAGCCAACACAUUGUGAUUGGUCAGUUACUCCUUACUACCACUUGUCAUUUUCAAUUUUUUGCAAGUGUUAAUUGUUACAAUUAAAUUUAUUUAUGACAUAGACAUAAUUACAAACAGUAACUAUGUCUAACACAUUUUGUGACAUAUUUGCAUAUUUUUGUUUACAUUGAAAAUUAAUCUACAUAGAAAAUAAAUUUAUUUGAUAUCGGCA